AUGGAAGGAAAUUCAAACCAGAAUGGAAGUUCAUCAUCUGGUAAAAGUUCCAUCGAGUUCAGACUACCUCUGCUUGAAAACAUAUCCAAUACUAAUUGUAUCCUUCUUGAGUUAGAACAAGAUGGAUUUAUUACACCUGAUAAAAAGGCGGAAGAACUUAUUAAAAAUUUAUCAAAAUUAAAAUAUCUAUUCGCUCUUAAAUUACUUUUUGAAAAUCCAUUUAACCAAUUUUCAGAUGAAGUUCUUCGAAAUUCUUUGGUUGCAUUAGCAGAUCCGACGCAUUUUGAUUAUUAUGGAAAACAGAGUAUGAUCAGACUAGAAUUACAUAUUCGUACCUGGAUUGCUGUGUUGGAAAAGAUUUGUGUAACACCAAUGCGUUUAAGUAAAAAGCUUCGAGAUAAAGCUUAUAGCUCUUUAGCAAAAUUUGCAGAAAUUCAUAAAAAAACAACUCAAGUAAUGCAAGAAGGAAUUGAUAAUAAUUUUAGGUCUGGAUUUAAUCAAUUCAAUCAAUUACAUGAUAAUAAAGAAGAUAAAGGUAUUAUAAAUAAACAAAAUUAUAAUAUUGACUUCUUAUUAAUUCAUUUACGAGAUACAUUACAUAGUUUACGUGAUGAUGAGACUUGGUUUCAAGAAAUUAUACGAAGAACCAAGGAAGUACUUAAGACUGCAUUGAAUAUUACACCAGGAGUCUUAUCAACACUAGCACCCGGGGUUCCUCUUCCAAAUGAUAAUUGUUCGAUCUUAUCGAUGCUCACUCAAUUACGUAAGGGAUUAAAUUUUAAAUAUCCAGUAGCGUCUUAUUAUAUAGAUUGGAGAAUUAUGUUGAUAAUUCAACAUAAUUUAUUCAACUGGUCUGGUGGUACUGAAAAUAUAAUUAGUAAAAAAUUUCAAGAAAUGGUAUUAAUGGAAUAUUUUUGGAGUUAUCUAGAAAAAGAAUGGAGUAACGUUUCUGAAAAUUCUAUUUUAGAUUCUCAAUCAAAAUUUGAUGAAGUAUCAAAUAAACUUGUUAAAGUUUUAAGAAAUACUGGAAGUUUCAUCAAUGGUCUUUCUGAAAAUGAACCUCUUGCUUUACCACAUACUUUAUGGUUUGGAAUAUUAGAUCUUGCACAAAACCUUAUUCAAAGAUCCACUCUAAAAUCCACUCAUGGUCUUUGUUAUUAUUUAGCAAUUGAAUCACUUAACAGAGCUCCAAGCAGUUUCAUUCAAUUUAAAGCAAUUGAAAUAUUAUUUCAUUUACAUAAUAUUAAUAAUCAAAUGUUUUCAUUGAUUGAAAUUGAUUUUGAUCAAUACGUUCAAAAAUUGAAUGGUAACAGUUCAACAACAGAAUCUUCAGAAAAAUUCAAAAAUUUAUUAACAUUUGUUAAAAAAAAAUGCACAGAUGAAUUCAAUCUAUUAAAUUAUAAUAUUGAAAAAGGAAAGGGAAAGGGAAAAGAGAAAAAUACAAACUUAACGAAAAACAUUUCAAAAUUGGGUGAAAUUUUAGAAAUGAUUGCAAAUGAAAUGACUUGCCCAAUUGGUCAUGAACCAACAGACAAAUUAUGUGUUUUAAAAUGUCAACAUAUAUUAUCAUUUAAUAGUUUAAAAAAAUUGAAACAAAAAAAUUGCCCUGAAUGUAGAGAAAAUAUUGAAGAUAAUGAUAUUAGAUAUUUACCACAGAAUGUUAUUUACAAACAUUUGUAUUCACAAUUUUUUGAAUCAGGACAUAUUUUACCUUCAACUGAAAAAGAAGAUUCAACAAAUAUUAACCAUUAUGAUAGUGAUUCAAGUGAUUCAGAAGUUGAUCUUAUAUUAACUAAGAAAAAGAAAUUUCUAAAAGUAAUUAAAUUUAAUUCAAAUAUAUCAUUAAAAUCAAUAUUUCAAAUUGGAAGAAAACGGCAUCAAACAUAUCUAAGUGCUAUUCGAGAAUUAAAAGAAAAAAAUUAUAAAAAUGCUGAACAUUGGUGUAAAGAAUUCCUUAAAAUAUUUCCGAAAAGUUAUUCCAUGAGAUGUAUUUUAGCUUAUACUUAUAGAUGUCUUAAUGAUUAUAAACAAGCAUAUUUAUAUAUAAAUGAAGCUAUUAAAUUAAAAGGAAUAAAACCAAUUGCUUGGCAUAUUCGCGGAGAAAUACAAUUUAAACAAGGAAAUUAUAAUGAUACAGUAAGAGAUUUAACAUAUUGUAAUGUUAAAACAAGUAAUUCAUAUACAAUGCUUGGAAUUAGUUAUUAUAAUAAUAAUUAUAGUGAAUAUGCUUUAAAAAAUUUUAACAUUGCAUUACAAAAUGAUCCUGAUAAUUAUUUAUGUCUUAAGUAUUGUGCUUAUAUUUAUGAAAAGCAAGGAAAAUUCUCAGAUAAUCUAAAGAUGUUAGAUAAAUUGCUCAAUAUUGAUGAGAAAGAUUCAUUAAUUUUAUGUUAUUAUGGAGAAAUUCUAAGUAAAAUGGAAAAGUAUAAUGAUGCUAUAUUAUAUUUUACAGAAGCAGCUAAUAUAGAUCCAGAAAAUAUUCAUAUUUUAAAUAGAAGAGCAAUAGGAUAUUUUGCUCUUCAAGAAUACAAAAAAGCUUUAUCAGAUUUUAAUAGUGUCAUACAGUUGGAUAAUUCAAAUAUUUUAGCAUAUUAUUGUAAAGGAUUAAUAUAUAUUAUAAUAAUGGAAGAUAAUAGUAAUUCUAUGGCAGCAUUUAAAAAAUGCGUUGAAUUGGAUCCUAAUAAUGAUAUAGAAAAAAUGUACUUGAAAGAUUCAAGCAAUUAUCUUUCUCAAAUUUCUAAUAUUGAUUAUAAUUUAAAGUGUUCACCAAAUUAUCAUAAUCUUAUUGCUGAGAUUAACCAAUUUGCUAAUGUUAAUCAAUCCACUAAUAUUAAUAAUCAUGAUAAAUCAUUACUUUUUAUGAGAUGCAAAAUAAAUAUUGAAUUAGAAAAAUAUGAAGAUGCAGCAUCAGAUUUAGAUAGAUUGUUUGUUCCAAAUGAAGAUAUCUUAUUAGUUUAUUUAUUACAAAAAUAUUCAGAUUUUUGGUUAUACUUAUGUAAAUCAUAUUUUAAUAACUUUGUUCAACUUGGAAUUACUAGUAAUUAUUUUGACCUUUAUAUGUAUAGAGAACAAGGGAUUUAUUUUAUGUCCAAUCUUAUGAAAUUUAAUUAUAAUUAUCAAUUUCAAAAAAGCAAUUUAAAUAGGCGUACAUUAUCUCUUAAAAACAAUUUAAGAUUACCCAAAUUUUCUAUUGCUGAUAUUUUUCCCACUGAAAAAAAUUGCUAUGACAUAAUUUGGAAAAUAAAUAUCAAAAAAAUAAUUUCAUCAGACUGUUUUAUUAGAUUUGUAGUUGAAAAAAUUCCAAUUUAUAUGGAAAAUAGAGAAAAAAAACAUGUCUUAACAUAUGAGGAUUUAUUAGAACUUGAGGGAUUAGGUUGGAUUUUAUAUGUGCCAUUACGCUCCAUAUACCUAAAUAAACAUAAUAAAAUACAACUUUCAAUUGAAACAAAAAAGGAUUCUAUUGACAUGCAAAUAGAAUAUGUAAGAAUUAUUCCCAAUUGUGAUCGUAAAGAAAAAAUUUAUUUUCCUAAAAUGGAUCAUUUAAUACCGUCUUACACAAAUAACAUUCCUGAAACUUUUAAAGACAAGUAUUUUUUAAGGAAAGAAACAGAAAAUUUGCUUGAAUUAAAAGAUAUUAUUAGUAGCUUAUAA